UCCUACGCCAGCCAGAAGAUCCUGGCCAGCAGUCGAGCCUCUCUUUCUCCUUCUCUUCUUCCUUGAUCCCUGUUCCCCUAGAUUGCCGCUGGCCAUGUACGAAAGCCACACGCACAUUGGAGAUUGAUGCGUCCCAAGUCCUCGACAUGACGGGGCAACAAAGCACAUGGUGGUCUCGAGUAAGCGGCGGAGGCAAGGUCGGCUUCGACAAGGCGUGGAACCUCGUCGACAAGCUGGGCGCGCCUGUGAACAAGCUGAGCAACAAGCUGGGCUCCGAGGCCUUUUGGCCCACCACUCUGGACCGGGAGAGUGACAAGGCCGCUCGCAUUCUGCGCAGUUUCUGCAAAACAACAAAGCCCACGCCCGACGGCCCCAAGGCCAAACAGCGCGUCCUCAAACACAUACCGCCAGAAGUCAUCAAGAAUGCAAAAGGUCUCGCCAUCUUCACAACAAUGCGCACCGGCCUUUGGGUCUCGGGCGCCGGUGGUUCCGGUGUCCUGGUCGGCAGAACUGCAGACGGCAGCUGGUCACCUCCAUCGGGCAUCAUGCUACAUACCGCAGGCCUCGGCUUCCUAGUAGGCGUCGACAUCUACGACUGUGUAGUCGUCAUCAACACUCAAAAGGCACUCGAUGCCUUCUCCAAGAUUCGCUGCACCCUCGGAGGAGAAGUCAGUGCUGUCGCAGGUCCCGUGGGAGCUGGCGGCCUUCUGGAAACUGAAAUCCACAAGCGACAAGCGCCAAUAUUCACCUAUCUCAAAUCGCGAGGCUUUUAUGCUGGUGUCCAGAUAGACGGCACCGUCGUCAUUGAGCGGACCGAUGAGAACGAGCGCUUCUACAACGAAAAGAUCUCGGUGGGCGACAUCCUGGCUGGCAAGAUCCGCCAUCCGCCCCUCGAGUGUCGCCCACUCCUGGAAACCAUCAAGGCCGCUCAGGGCGACAAGGACGUCGACCAGUCCGUCCUACCCUCGGCUCCACCGCCGAGUGACUUGGACAUCAACAAUCCAGACCACUUCUUUGGCAUUCCAGACAGAGAAGAUCCAGACCCGUAUGGCGUUCUGGCUCUCGAGAAAGAAGGCAUGAGCAUCCGUGAAGCCGGCACACAAAAGCGCGCCAGUUGGGAACAGUUCAAUUUCCAGCCCGCUCCCACUAGUCCCAUCUUCAAUACCUUCAGCAGACAAAGCUUGGAGAAAACCGGUAGUCGUAAUCGCAGCAGCAGCAAUUCCACCUGGAAGACAUCCAAUCUGUCGCAGACUGCCACCUCGAGUGCCGGCACAGCGCUUGAACAACCUAAGCGAGCAAGCGUCACUCGCUCAAUGUCUGAUAUGUGCACACAAACAGACUUUGCGGAGCCCAUCAGCCCACGUGUGGGUAGCUUCCGCAGUCGUCAGAGUAGUUUGCACGAGAUCGCCGAAGACAGCAACAUCACCUCCGAGCCGCGCCCCAAGAUUGACCGCAAUCCAAGCUCUCGCUCUACUCGCUCGAGCCCGAGACGAUCCUCCUUCCGCUCAUCACACCGACGUGCAGAUAGUGGCAGCGAUUCGCGCUCCGACUCUCCGCCUCAGCAAUCAACUCCUGCCAAGCCCGAGCACAAAGAUAUCGCCGAGGAGAGCUUCGACGAUGUCGAUGGAGAUGGAGAUGGAGAUGGCGACGACACUGCCGACGAAGCCAUCAUCGAAGAGCCUGUGGUGCACUCGGUCCAGAAAGCCACCGCUCCUCAAUUCAUCUCUCGCGCUCGUCUCGUUGAAGUACCGAAGCGUAUCACACCCAAACUUCCUCCCCGUAACCCCAACCGCGGCAGAGGUCCUGUUGUCAUCAACGCCGAACCUGGGGCCCAGCGCACUUCUACCGAGCUUUCAAGCCCCGAAGAAUCUCCCCUCAAAACGAACAAACCUGAUUGGAGUGCGCCUUCGAGUCCAGACAAGCUAGGCGCAGAGAGUAGUAGUUACGCAGACCCAUCGCCUAGUCCCGGCGAAGAAAGAAACCCAUGGGGUCAUAUCCUGGAACAACACCGGAGAAAUGAGAGCAAGGACUCGCUCGAUAUGCCCGGCACAUUCCACUCUCUGCCGCCAACACCAGACGAAACCAGAGAAGGCGCUCCCAUAUCUUGAGACCACCCACGCGCUUCUCAAUGAGGUCACAUCUACACCACUUGUUGCGAUCAUACCCACUUAUCAAAGCCAUGAAGUUCUUGCAAUCUAGGCGGCGAAACUCUGCGAAUACUGCAU